UCAAAGAUGUCUUCCAGAAGUCCCAAAGAUUUAAUUAAAAGUAAAUGGGGAGCAAAGUCUAGUAACUCCAAAUCAGAAACAGCAUUAGAGAAAUUUAAGGGAGAAAUUGCAGCCUUAAAAACAUCGGUGGAUGGAGUCACAAAUGGAAAAGGAAAGCUGACUGACAAAGACAGACACAGGCUUAUAGAGAAAAUUAGGCUCUUAGAAGCUGAGAGGGAGAAGAAUGCCUAUCACCUCACAGAGAAGGAUAAAGAAAUACAGCGACUCAGAGACCAGCUGAAAACAAGAUACAGUUCGACUGCAUUGCUGGAGCAACUGGAAGAGAAAACAAAGGAAGGUGAAAGGAGGGAACAGCUGUUGAAAUCUUUAUCUGAAGAGACAGAUAUAUUAAAAAAACAGUUGUCUGCUACCACGGCGAGACUUGCUGAACUUGAAAGCAAAGCCAGUACACUCCGGUUAUCACAGACUGUGGCUACAAGUUGCUUCAAUUCAUCUAUGAGUAAUAUUCAUGAAAUGGAAAUACAGCUGAAAGAUGCUCUGGAGAAAAACCAGCAGUGGCUUGUGUAUGAUCAGCAGCGAGAAGUCUACGUAAAAGGACUUUUAGCAAAGAUCUUUGAGUUGGAGCAGCAAUCAGAAACAGCUGCUCAGUCACUCCUACAGCAGACAAAAAAGACUGAAUCAGAAGGUUACCAUCAAGAAGAAAAGCAAAAAUACUACAAUCAUCUCUUGGCUAAUGCAAAAAAAGACCUUGAGGUUGAACGUCAAACCAUAACCCAGUUAAGUUUUGAACUGAGUGAAUUUCGAAGAAAAUAUGAAGAAACCCAAAAAGAAGUUCAAGAUUUAAAUCAAUUGUUGUGUUCACAAAGAAAGGCAGAUGUUCAACACCUGGAAGAUGAUAGGCAUAAAAUGGAGAAAAUACAAAAGCUCAAGGAAGAGAAUGAUGUUGCUAGGGGGAAACUUGAAGAGGAGAAGAAGAGAUCUGAAGAGCUCUUAUCUCAGGUCCAGUUUCUGUACACGUCUCUGCUAAAGCAGCAAGAGGAACAAACAAAAGUGGCGCUAUUGGAACAACAGAUGCAGGCAUGUACUUUAGACUUCGAAAAUGAAAAACUUGACCGUCAAAAUAUGCAGCACCAAUUGCAUGUCAUUUUUAAGGAGCUCCGAAAAGCAAGAAAUCAAAUAACACAGUUGGAAUCCUUGAAACAGCUUCAUGAGUUGGCCUUCACUGAGCCAUUAGUCACUUUCCAAGGAGAGACAGAAAGCAGACUCAAGGUGGCCUCACCAAAAAGCCCCGCUGCACUCAACGACAGUGUGGUGGAGUGUCCCAAGUGCAACAUACAGUAUCCGGCCGCGGAACAUCGAGAUCUACUUGCUCAUGUGGAAUACUGUUCAAAGUAG